UAAAAUAAACAGUAGGGGGGGGGGGACUUCAUGUGCUGGAGAAUUGAUUUGUUUAAAAUAAAUUCAUCUCUUUAAGAAAAAAAAAAAAUCUGCCUAAACCAGAAAUAUGUGCACAGAGAAUGAAUAUGCAGCAUAGCCCCUCCCCUCCUUCUAUACAACGCCCCCCCUCCCCUCACACACACACAUUGGAGUAUAGUGACAGUGACAUCAGGCAGUUGCUGGUAAAAAGCGAGCAUUAUCUCAGUGUCCUGCGCUGGCUGCAUGCUUAUGGUGUGUCCCUUCCUCCAGCUGUCUUACUGAGAACCUACGCCAGAAUGAGACCUUUUGGGACUGAACUCUUCACCUCUCGUACAAAAGCAAACAAUUUUUAAAAUAAUGAAUUAAACUGGUGUAAGACCAGUAUUCUUUAACUACUCUACUAUUCUUUUUUUUAAGCUAAGUAGAUGCUCUCAAUGCACAUAUCAUUUAAACAAAGGCGGUGAAUAUGGAUCUUUAUCUGCUGCUGCGCUGGGCAUAAUUUAUCAGUGGAAGUGUUGUGCUACUGGAUGCAUUUGGUGGGGAAUUGAUGGAUUAUUUGCACACAUUGAUUAGCUGACAGUUAACUGUGCUUUACUGUCAGCAAUAGUGGAACUACAAGUUUCUUCUCUAUAUGAUGACAGAGUGUAAGAGAAUUCCUGAAGGGCUGCAUAUUCCUUGAAGUAGGAAACGUUACUAGUAAGUGGACAUGCCUCCCCAAAUCCUAUUAUCUCUUUGUUACAGAAGCAAAGACAAUUUGAACGAUCUACACAUCACUCUUCCACUUUUUUAAGCUUGUAUAAAGAUGAGAAAGCGUUAUAAAAGGCGAUGUAAAGGGUAUAUAUAUCACAGGGACGGUUUAGUACUCAUAACCCUGCUUUGUAUUUUGCUGAAAAGCUCUCUAGCACUUUAAGUUUUUGAUCUGAAUAACAAAACAAACCUCAAAAAAAAAUAAUAACAAAAAACUUGAACGCUGGAUAUGAGUUUACCUACAAACUGUGGGUUUCUGGCUCUGACAGACAGCUGCGGACGGAAGGUUUUUAAUGGGAAUAUAUAUGGGUCACCUUGUGCAGUAAACCGACCAAUUGAUAUUGUGCAAAGGAAGAGACGCUUUGAUGUUGAGAAUGGCUUGUCUUCAGGCAGAAGCCCACUGGAAUCCCAAGCAAGCCCUGGCUCAGGACUGGUCCUACAGGGCAACUUCCCCCACAGCCAGCGGCGGGAAUCUUUCUUAUAUCGCUCAGACAGUGACUAUGACCUCUCUCCCAAAGCUAUGUCCCGGAACUCAUCUAUCGCUAGUGACUUACAUGGAGAAGACAUGAUAGUAACUCCAUUUGCGCAGGUUCUGGCCAGCUUGCGCACUGUACGGAGUAACUUUGCAAUGAUCACCCAUCUGCAGGACAGAGUAACAAACAAGAGAUCAUCUGGGAGCAACCAACCAACAGCCUGUAAACCUAACCUGUCUGAGGAUGCCGUUCAGAAACUGGCCAUCGAGACUCUGGAAGAGUUGGAUUGGUGUCUGGACCAACUGGAGACUCUACAAACCAGGCACUCAGUCAGUGAGAUGGCCUCAAACAAGUUUAAAAGAAUGUUGAAUAGAGAACUGACACAUUUAUCAGAGACAAGCCGCUCUGGAAACCAGGUGUCUGAAUAUAUAUCCAGCACCUUUCUAGAUAAGCAGCAUGAAGUGGAAAUGCCCUCCCCAACUCCGAAAGAGAAAGACAAGAAGAAAAGGCCCAUGUCCCAGAUCAGCGGCGUCAAGAAGCUGACGCACAGUUCUAGUUUCACCACCUGUAGUAUUCCACGCUUUGGCGUGAAGACUGACCAAGAGGCUCUGCUUGCAAAGGAAGUUGAAGACACUAAUAAGUGGGGUAUGGACAUAUUUAAAGUAGCAGAAUAUUCUGGCAACAGACCCCUGACAGUCAUCAUGUACUCUAUCUUUCAGGAAAGAGACCUGCUAAAAACCUUCAGGAUUCCCGUGGACACCUUCAUUACUUACAUGAUGACCCUAGAGGACCACUACCAUGCAGAAGUUGCUUAUCAUAAUAAUAUCCACGCAGCUGACGUGGCACAGUCCACCCAUGUCCUGCUUUCUACCCCAGCUUUAGAGGCUGUGUUUACAGAUCUGGAAAUCUUGGCUGCCAUAUUUGCUAGUGCGAUUCAUGAUGUAGAUCACCCAGGAGUAUCCAACCAAUUCCUGAUUAAUACCAAUUCUGAGCUUGCACUGAUGUACAAUGAUGCCUCUGUUCUAGAAAAUCACCACCUUGCAGUGGGGUUUAAGCUCCUUCAAGAAGAGAACUGUGAUAUCUUCCAGAAUUUGACUAAGAAGCAGCGUCAACACUUGCGUAAAAUGGUCAUUGAUAUGGUGCUGGCUACAGAUAUGUCCAAACACAUGAAUCUCUUGGGUGACCUGAAGACCAUGGUGGAAACCAAGAAAGUAACUAGUCUGGGUGUUCUGCUGCUAGAUAACUACUCUGACCGAAUACAGGUGCUACAGAAUAUGGUGCACUGUGCUGAUCUCAGUAAUCCCACCAAACCACUAGAAAUAUAUCGCCAGUGGACAGAUCGGAUCAUUGUGGAGUUUUUCCACCAGGGUGAUCGUGAGCGAGAAAAGGGGAUGGAGAUUAGCCCAAUGUGUGACAAGCAUAAUGCUUCGGUGGAAAAAUCUCAGGUGGGUUUCAUAGACUACAUUGUGCAUCCUCUAUGGGAAACUUGGGCAGAUCUUGUGCACCCAGAUGCCCAAGAAAUUCUGGAUACAUUGGAGGACAACCGGGAGUGGUACCAAAGUAUGAUCCCUCAGAGUCCAUCACCUCCACCUGAAGAACAGGAUCCAGCAGGGGCAGCAGGUGACAAAUUCCAGUUUGAGUUGACACUAGAGGAAGAAGGGGAGUCUGACACCGAGCAGGAGGAUACAGAGAGUCCAGCUGAUGAGGAAAAUAGUGACUCCAAAACUCAGAAUACAGAUGAUUCAGCACAGGGCAGUGACGAUGCAGACCAGCCUUCCCCUGUUGAAUUGUGUAGAAGUGUUUCUAACAAGCUAGACCACUUACAAAUUCCUGUUAAGAACACUUUGACCAAACAGAAAAAAGUAUUGAACUUUGACAACCUGAAGCCUGUGGCGGAAAGGACGCUGCCACAAAGGGACUCAGGGGCCAGGGGAGUACCCACUACAGACUUGGCCAGCCAAGAGGGCAUGGGGAAAGCGGAGAUCUGUUUGGACCAAGAAGGAAACAUCACAUAUCUUCCAUUAGAAACGUAGUGCCAAAUUCUCACUCCAUGUUUUAUUUUAUUUUUAUUCAGUCACGCACACUUUGCAUUUUAUUUUUUUGGAGGAAGAUUGGACUUUUGUAUUAAAGAAAAAAAAAUACGAGAAAAAAAACAAACUGAAAACAAUAGUGGAAAAUGUAAACAAUAUGGAUGGUAGUGCAUGGAGGGUAUGAUGAGAUUUUGUUGGCUUUCCCUUUCUUUGUUAAGGGAAAUGUCCUAACAAUUUUCUUGCUUUAUAUGUUGCUGGCCUUAUUGGUGGGAAUUGGGUCUGUAGCAUUACAAAUGUCAGCUGAUACAAAAUGCUCCAAGGUAUUCAUGCUAAAUACAGGAGGCAUGCUGCUUAUACGUUUGUAUAGAGAAUGCAGUAGAGGGGGUCCAUCAGCAUUAUUAAAGUUUCCCACAAGCCGCCAGUCCUACUACACGCCCUUUACUAUCCUUAGUAAGGAUUACUUUGUAGCAGAUUUGUAGCAAUGUGUAUUUUUUUAUUAAAUAGGUAAAUGUGCGUAAUUUGGUGGAUUAAAUUGCCAUAAAAACGAGAGGGGGGAACAUUUGAUGCAAAUAUUAUUGCAUUAAUUAUUUUGCACUAUUUUUCUCCUAUGUCGUCUGUUCUUUAAAACUCCUACCCUACCUGUUCAUUUAGUCAAUCUCUACACCCCCCCCUACUAAAUGUCCUCACUCUUCCUAGCCAAUAUCCAUUUGUGAAUGUUUCUCCACUAGCUAUAUUCAUUCCUCUAAAAUAAUUUUAUUGUUAGUCUCCUUCCAUACCACUAUUUCCCUUUAUAAAAAUGUGAAUUGUUUUACUCCCUAUAUAAGUAAAUUAAUUGUAAGAUUUAAGUACACCAAUGCUUAAGUAGAUCACACUUUGCCUUCUAGCUUCCAAAUUCUUAAAAUAAUGGUGUGAAACAAACUUAUAGGAAAUAUUUAAGAACCAAGGAUCUUUGGCAAAUACAAAACAUGCUUGCCUGCAGUUAAAGGGUUGUCCAAUCUGGCUUUCCAUUUUCAAAACCUUGCUUGUUUCACAGGGACGGGUAGGACAGGCGUGUUCUGUGUUUGCGUGUAGCACUCGUCAAUCAGCUGAAAGUUUUUCUAAACCUCAGGGCAUGGUGGAAUGUUGUUUGUGUGUAUGUAUAGGUAGAAGUCUGUUUUGAGGGUAUUCCUACUUUCCAUAAAACAAAACGUUGCACAGAACAACACUCUGGCAUUGACCCUUUUAAUUGCUAAACUAGAUUUAAAUUUGUAUCCAUUAUUUGUCACCUCCAAAUUUUAAAUAACGCAGAGUAAUUGAUUUUGAUGAUGGAUAAGAGCCAAAAGGCCCUUCUAUUUUGUUUGCAAAUGAACCAAAAAGCCAUCAAGUCUGUCCAUAAAAAAAAAAAAAAGACUUGAUAUGAGAGCGGUUAGGUUUACAGCCAAGGAUAUUAAUUAAAAUGAUAUGUAAAAAUGUUUAAAGUGAAACUAUCUACAAUACCAAUGCCUUUUCAGUUAUAAUAGUAUCUUCAUCCCUUGUAGAGAUUCAUUUAGAUGUUUAAGAGUCCAUACCCAUAUUCAGUAUUCUAUCAUAUAGUCUUUAGCAGGAAUAUUCUAUGUUCUUAUGAUACCCUUUUUAAGUCUUGCUGGAAUAAUUUUCAGAGCCAUUAAAUGGUGUAAAUUAUUUUAGGGUUAAUAACGAAAAGUAUUGUUGAAUAUCUCCUACAAAAUGUAUUUUUUUAUGCUAUGAACUUAUUAAUAAGAAACACAACAUUCAUAUUUUUUAUUUAAUUUUUUUGGGUUGAAAAGUAGGGAUACCCCAAGGGAAAAAAUAGGCUCCAUUUAAUUUAUUCUGCUAAAGUUUCACUUUAUUUUAUUGUAUUUGUAGUUGAACAAAGCCACAAUUUCGCACACUCUUUGUCUCCAAUCUGAUCUUACUGUGAUUUUAGCACUCAAAUGCUGCAUUAUUAUAACCUUGCACUUUUUCAGCAACACUGGUGAAAUGCCACUCUGGCAGGAGUACAGUACUGGUUAAAAAGGUCACAGUGGCUUGCUAGGCAUCUUUUCCCAGUAGUCUAGUCAAAAUGACAUUUUUUUGCAUAGAUACAUUUGGCAGUCAAAAGAACUCUGACUUCAAUACAUGUGAGAUUUGUAGCUGAAGGAAACUGACAAAGUCAGAGUUAAUUAAUAAAUUGCUAGUAUGAAAUAUCAAAUUUAUUAACACAAUUUUACAUGGGUUUUAUUUAUUUUUUUAGCGUAGAAUAAUUCAAAACUGAUUAUUUUUUUUGCUUCCUAAGGUUAGUCUGAAACUAUUGCAGGCUGUACUGAUUUUAAGUUAAGUGUUAGGACCUAUUUGGUUGUAUAAACUUUAAUAUUAUUUGGUAUGCCUGGUUUGAAAAGAUGCCUAUGACAUCCACAAAAUGUUUUUACAGCACUACGUGUAAGGAUUUACUAAGGACAAAUUUAGGAUCACCCACAUGAUGUGGCAUUGAAAUGAGCUUCUAUGCCGCAUUAUGUGCGUCAGGCCAUUACUGACCUAAGUGAAUGAGAGAGAAAGAUAAACGUGUGCCACUCAUUAUUGCUGCAAUAGUGAACCACUGUUGGUCAUUAAUGUGUCGGGGCUACAUUUGUCAUGGGGUACGCUGAAGUGAUCUCCCAUUUGCAUGAAUGAGAGAAAAUGUUGUAAUCUUUGCUACCCUUUGAUAAAUCUAGGCCCAAGUCUCUUGCAGAGAUGUCACUAACCAUGUUUGUUUUAUUAUUUUCUUAAUAAAAAAUAUUUUAUCUUUU